CAGCGCACGCACUUAAGGGGCGGUGCCGCGGCGCUGGGGGUAGUAACAAGAUGUCGGCUGCGGUGCCAGAGCUGAAGCAGAUCAGCCGGGUGGAGGCGAUGCGCUUGGGGCCGGGCUGGAGCCACUCGUGCCACGCCAUGCUGUACGCCGCCAACCCCGGGCAGCUUUUCGGCCGCAUCCCCAUGCGCUUCUCGGUGCUGGUGCUGGGACUGGUGCGGGUCCCGCUGUACACCCAGAAGGACCGAGUUGGUGGCUUUCCCAACUUUCUGAGCAAUGCCUUCAUCAGCACGGCUAAGUACCAGCUCCUCUUCGCCCUCAAGGUGCUCAACAUGAUGCCCGAGGAAAAGCUGGCUGGCUGUGGCUGCAGCCACUGAGAAGCAAAAGAAGGCCCUGGAGAAGCUGCUCCCAUCCUCCU